AUGACUUCCACUAAAGGACAGGCUGCUGCUGAUAAGCACGGUCAAUACCGCCAAUCUGAGAACAAGAACAAUCGCAAGAAGCGCAAGCUUUCCGAGUCCGAAUCAUGCACCGGGAAAGAGUCUGGUAUGGGCCAAACGCAACCAUUACCUCGCCAACCCAAGCUGCCAGAGUUCAAUCUGACAUCUGCAAGUCGUCGCAAUGAAAAUUCCAAGUCGCGGGAGGAUGAGGAGGCGCGCAGCAGUUCGCAAGAAUGGCAGGUUAUAGAAAACGGACGUCCCAGGAAGAAGGCGAAGAAAAUACCGAAAGCCGAUUCUUCAUCCUACCCUGUCAUCGAUUUCUCUAAGGAGUCUAGAUUACAAUCGCAGAUCAAGAUUAGUGACCUGCAGAGUCUGGUGUUAUAUAUACUUGCAGAUGGGCCAUCGCCUCAGUUCGUUUCUGUACGCAACCGUUCGCACAUACGAAAGGUCGUUGUUGUUAUGGUCCCGGGGCUGGAAAAGUCUAUGUUUGAAUCGAAGAGCGAUGAUGGAGCAUCGAGCAUGGAGCAGCAGUCGCAAGACCGAAAAGAAUAUGAUUACACCUCACCGGAUGACUACUACCCUGGCAAGCUCGAUGCUGACAAUCUACCUCCAUCAUUAAAGCCAUUUGCAGACAUGUUCAAACUCAUAUGGCCAGUCAAGACACCUGGUGAUGACAGAAUGGGCAAAAUGCAUUCGCCACUGCAUGCCAUGCUUACAGCGCCAUUACCAAAGGACAAAGAAGAUUCAAGCAAACACCGUGGUAGGAAGGGUGCCCGGCCUGCGCAAGCGCCGCCUGGCUGGAAAGAUUCUCGGACUCCGAUUACUGAGUUUCUUCUUGACACCGAGGAUCUUCUUGAGAAUGAAUAUGUACUUCAUCCUGCGUCUUACACCAAGGAAGCGGAAAAGAAUGCAUUGGCAGAGCAUAGGCGUUCUACCGGAGUGUCACAAGACCACGGGUGGGUGGAUACUUUGGUUAGUAAUUUUGAUGAAGGAACAGCACCAAACCAUGAAAUUGAAUCUGGGAGUCUAACUGCUGGUCGUGACAUCCUCGCAAUGGAUUGUGAAAUGUGCAUGACUGGAGAGAGUGAGUUCUCACUUACACGCAUAAGUCUUGUUGGAUGGGAUGGUUCUGUGGUUUUGGAUGAGCUUGUGAAGCCGGAGAAGCCUAUCACAAACUACCUAACACAGUAUUCUGGCAUCACAGAGGAAUUGCUGUCUCCAGUCACUACCACCUUGGCGGACAUACAAAAGAAACUCCUAGAAAUCCUUCACCCGCGCACUAUACUAAUCGGCCAUUCUCUAAACUCGGAUCUCACGGCACUCAAAACCACACAUCCCUUUAUCAUUGAUACCGCCCUUCUAUAUCCUCAUCCUCGGGGUCCACCUCUCAAGUCAUCCCUGAGAUGGCUUGCACAACGGUAUCUAAACCGAGAAAUUCAGAAAGGCCAUGGCAAUGUUGGUCCAGGCGGCGGUCAUGAUUCCAUUGAAGAUGCAAGAACUUGCCUCGACCUCGUCAAACAAAAGUGCGAGAAAGGGAAGCAGUGGGGUACCAGUGAGGCAUCUGGAGAGAGUAUUUUCAAACGCGUAGGCCGAGCUGGUGUACAUUAUAAGAAUCAAGGGGGCUUAGCCAUACCGAGCCUAUUGGAUGGCAAGUCAAGCGCCGCUGUGGAUUGGGGUGAUCCAAAGAAAGGACCCGGUGCGGCUGCCACAUUCCAAAUUGGAUGUCAGAGCGAUGAAGAGGUGGCACAGGGCAUUAUUCGGGCAGUGAAUGGUGACUUUGAUGGAAAGGAAAUCCCAGGCGGCGGAGUUGACUUCGUAUGGGGAAGAUUAAGAGAGCUAGAAGCUUUGAAGGGCUGGUGGAAUAACAAUAGAAUGGAUACUGAGAGCGCUAAAGAACGCUCUUCAAAAGACGUUGGUACUAAAGCUGAAGAAAACUCAACUUUAGAAGGUUCGUCCACUGCGAACGAUGGCGCCACUGGCCCCAUUGCUGCAACCUCAUCUGCUCUUCCUGUCCCCACUACCAUCGACUCCAAUACACCCAUCGAUGUCGCAACAGAAAACCUCACACGGCGGUUGAAGAGGAUAUACGACGCUCUCCCUCUAUGCACCGCGCUCAUGAUCUACAGCGGCUCGGGGGAUCCGCGUGAGAUGAGCAGGUUAUCAAAUAUGCAUUUGGAACAUAAGCGCGAGUUUAAGAUCAAGAAAUGGGAUCAGCUGAGUAUUAAGUGGACGGAUGUGGAAGACCAGGCUUUGAAGAAAGCUGCUAAAUCUGCGAGAGAGGACGGCCUUGGGUUUAUAAGUGUCAAGUGA